AUGUCUCAGGCCAAGUUGGAAUCAAAGAGGACUGAGAGACCGCCGCAGCAACAUAGACCUGACAACGACCGCUGUAUCAGAGCUGCUCAGCAGGAAGCCGCUCAGUUCUCCGCCUGCUUCUUACGAACGGCGAUCCAAUUUCCCUUCCGAGCCACAGUCCUGGUUUUUGUCUCGCUCGAGUGCCGUCCCGUUUGGAUGCUAGCAGGUGCCGCAUCACUGUCUGCUCCUAUUGCGCCUCGGGCAGGUACAUACACUUCACUCGGUGGCUUCAACACCUUUGGUCGUGCCCUCGGAAACAGCCGCUUGGAAAAAGUUGGACACGGAAGAUCGAUCCUAACCUGUACGAAACCGUUCCCCCACGGCGCGACUCUCGACUCCCGCGACUAUUACCCGGUUCUGCCCGCCCUCGUCUCUACAAACCACUCCUCGACAUUCCUAUCGCAUCUAUCUCUCUACUCAACCUUGUUUCGGUCCGUCCAUAACCGUCUCUCCAAAGGUCCCACUCACACUGCGCAUUACACGUAUUCAGAAUCUUCGGACUUGAGUCCCAUCCAUAACCUACUCACCGACUUGUCUCUCUUCGUCCUGAGCAUUUUCCAAGACUCGGCAAGCAGCACGUCGAGUCUCAACUGUGAGAGAAAUCGGCGCGUGCAAGAUUGA